GCGGGUUAAAUCAAGCGGCGGGAGUAGUAAGAAUUCUGUGUUUUGUGAGAGUAAGCAGCCGCCGCCAUGAAGACGAUACUUUCGUCGGAGACGAUGGACAUCCCGGAAGGGGUGAAGAUCAAGGUGAACGCGAAGGUGAUAGAGGUGGAGGGACCGAGGGGCAAGCUGGUUCGCAACUUUAAGCACCUCAACCUGGAUUUCCAGCUCAUCACCGACGAGGAAGGAAAGAGGAAACUCAAAAUUGACGCCUGGUUUGGUUCUCGCAAGACCAGUGCUGCAAUCCGCACCGCCCUCAGCCACGUUGAGAACCUCAUUACUGGCGUCACCAAGGGAUACCGCUACAAGAUGCGUUUUGUCUACGCUCAUUUUCCCAUCAACGCCUCCAUCGCCAACUCUAACAAAUCCAUCGAGAUCCGCAAUUUCCUUGGAGAGAAGAAGGUACGUAAGGUGGAUAUGCUUGAGGGUGUGUCAGUUGUUAGGUCUGAGAAGAUCAAGGAUGAGCUUAUAUUGGAUGGGAAUGAUAUUGAGCUUGUCUCACGAUCAGCUGCCCUGAUAAACCAGAAAUGCCAUGUGAAGAACAAAGAUAUCAGAAAAUUCCUUGAUGGUAUCUACGUCAGUGAGAGGGGCAAGAUAGCUGAAGAGGAAUGAUUAGUUAUAAUCAAGGGGAGAUUAUAUCUUUGUGGAAGUUCAAUUUUCCUUUUUAUUUUUUCCCAUUUUGAUUUUAUAGCGGAAGUAUGAGAAUGUUUUCUUGCUUGUCUGGGAUUUUUGUAGUAGGAAAUAUUCGAUAUUUACCUGUACCAUUUUGUUGGCAGUAAUUUUGUCCCCUCUCAUUGGUUCCUCGUUUUAAGCUACUUGUUGUUUUUGGUAUUGUUCACUUGUAACAUUUAGUAUGGUUUAGUAAGUUCAUAGAAAAAUGAAUGUUCUCAGUUUUCGAACA